CUCAGCUCCACCUUCAGACACUGAAGCCUUCCCAAAAGCGUGGGGCGGAACCGGUCAGCUUUUCGGAGGCACGUCUUGCAUGGCAUCUGCUCUGAGGCGUAAAAACGCUGCAUUUCGGUGCAGCCCUCGGAAGUGGCCCUUUCCUCUUUUCUAACUUUGAGCCGCAGCUCAGGAGGAGAGGUUGUCGAGAUGCGCGGCCUGUGAAGACAGACAGUUUUGUGAGUAAUUAAAGAGGAAGUGCAGGGAGAGGAAAUGGAGGGCCAGAAGACGGUGAACUUCACGAGACUCUUGUCAGAGGAGAGCGUCGGGUCCACCCUGUCCUCAGACUCGUAUGAGUACUAUCAGACGGAGAUAUAUGACCUGCUGCCCAGCGUGCAGGCUGUCCGGUCCCAGCAGAACGGAUAUGACCCGCAGAAAAGCAGCGAGGCCUACCAUGGCGGUCCAGGACCUGAGGAGGCCUUCAGCAGUGACAACCAGUCAAGAGGACCAAGACCCAAGGGCUCUCUACUACCACUCAGAAACCUGACCAUGAGUAUGCAGGGAAAGAGAAAUGAAAGGGAAAGGAGGAAAAUGCACAUCAGCAAUAUCGGUUUUUGGCAGUCGUGGAGUCGGAGCCAGAGCAUCAGCAGGAGGAGGGUUUGGGCUCACCUGAGGGGGGCGGGGUCCAGCAUGUUGCCAUGGCGACACACGCUCCUCAAGAUUCAAGCGAGGUUCGGAGUCGGAGUGAAGUCCUACUUUGUUUUCCUCAGAUAUCUGAUCUACUUGAACCUCCUGCACUGCGCUCUUAUUGGGGGCUUCAUUCUGGGGCCCACUGCAUUUUAUGGCACAAACAACAGCGUGCCUUUGAGAUUUGGCGGAAACGACUCGGUGGUAGAUUUCUUCCUGGGAUCGGGAUUUCUGGAUCGUUCUCCUGUUUUCUAUGGCUUUUACACCCGUGGCUCUCUGGAUCUAUUCUGCCUGAACACAUCCCUGCUAUACCUGGCUGGGAUCCUCAGCAUCUUCUUCUUUAGCCUCAUUAUGGUGGUUCGCAGAACCACUGUUGGCUACAAGCACACCUGGAUGCUUGAGAAGCGAACCAGCAUGAACGUGAGCUUUAAGAUCUUCUGUGGCUGGGACUUCAACGUCCAGGAUCCUCCGGCUGCGAAGCUCAAGCACAGCUUCAUUCGCAAUGAUCUCAAGCUUUUUCUGGAGGAGCAGAGCUUCUCCCUGAGGAAGGCUCAGAGGACUCUUCAGCAGAAGGCGCGUCUGUACCUGCUGAGAUUCAUCCUUAACCUGGUGGUUUUAACUCUGCUCGGUGGAGCCUUCUUCCUCAUCUACAUCUCCACGAAGACAUCCCUCAGUAAGAGUCCACACGGCUGGUUUCUCAACCUGGUCCUUCAGUAUCUUUCUCCCAUCACCAUCUCCUUUGUGAACCUAGUCCUCCCUCACAUAUUUCGCAAGAUCUCCUCUUUCGAGGACUACUCUUUAACCGUACAAAUUAAUGCAACGCUUGUGAGGAGCAUCUUCUUGAAGCUGGCUUCCCUGGGAAUCUACUUAUUUUUCAUCUUCAAAACGUCGCAAAAUGCAGACCAGCCUUCUUCGUGCAGAGAAAACCAGAUUGGCAGAGAGAUGUACAAACUGUGCAUCUACAACUUCCUCAGCAUUUUCUGCAACACCUUUUUUGUGAACUACCCCAGGAAGCUUUUGCAGGAGAAGUACCCAACAUCCUUGCUGGCCAGGCUCACAGGCAAAGAGCGGUUCCUGAUCCCUUUCAAUGUCCUGGAUCUGGUCUAUGUUCAGACUGUGUCCUGGGUGGGAGUCUAUUACUGCCCUCUGCUGCCUCUGAUUGGAAUGGUCACCCUGGUGGCCACAUUCUACAUUAAAAAGUUCAAUGUCCUGCGGUGUUGUGUGGCAGAGCAGCGGAUGUUUCGAGCCUCCAAUUCUUCGGUUUUAUUCCAUUUCAUGCUGUUGCUGGGUCUCCUCAUGGCUGCAGCCACACCAGUCUUAGACUCCUACCAGUCUCAGCGAGCAAACGCCUUCAAGAUCUCCUGUGGUCCAUUUAAAAAUCAGCAAACUGUCUUCAGUGUAACAGAUGAAUGUGUGAAACAUCUUCCCAGCUCAGCCCAGACCACUAUUCACUACCUGUCCUCAGAAGCCUUUGCCCUGCCUCUCCUGCUAGCUGAGAUCAUCAUCCUAACAUCAUAUGUGUCGCGGGGACGCGCCAACAAGAAGGCCAUUGAAAGGCUUAAAGACAUGCUGGUUAUGUGCAGCUCUGAUAAGCGGUUCCUGGUGAAGCAGCACGCCACCUUACUGCGAGGUCGAAAGAAUGCAAUACGGAGUCGUCCUGCAGCCGUGAAACAAAGAAAGUCCCUCCAGGGAGAUCAAUGAAGCUAUUAGUUUGUCGGCCUCACCGGGGAGCAGCGGACUGAAUGAAGGAAAAAAUCAGAGGACCUCUGAACUUCCAUGUUUUACGUUAAAUUAUUCACAAAGAAACAGGGUGGCAUAUUGGAACCUUUAAUGUUAUCGUGUAAAAAAAACAAAAAAAACAUCAUUGCCACCUUCCUUACAAGAGCUUUACACACCUGUGUUUGAGCUGAUAUGAAACAGUUCAUAUACUUCUUGAAAAACUUUUUAUUAGUCUAAUUAUGUAUUAGAUGCACAUUCAUUUUUCUAUACAU